AUGUCUCCAUCUGAGCGGAGACUUCAAAAAGAAUUAAUGUCUCUUAUGAAAGAGCCUCCCCCAGGUGUCACUGUAGAUGGAGACCAGGCUAGUCAAAAUCUAACAUUAUGGACAGUUCACAUGGAAGGAGUUCCCGGCACAUUGUAUGAAGGUGAAAAAUUUGUGUUGCAGUUCAAAUUCACAAACAAAUACCCAUUUGAUUCACCAGAGGUAACGUUCGUGGGCAACAACAUUCCCGUUCACCCGCACGUGUACUCGAACGGCCACAUCUGCCUUUCCAUACUGACGGACGACUGGUCGCCGGCGCUCUCGGUGCAGUCCGUCUGCCUCUCCAUCGUCUCCAUGCUCAGUAGCUGUAAAGAAAAGAAGAGACCGUCGGACAAUUCGUUUUACGUUAAGACCUGCAAUAAAAAUCCUAAGAAAACAAAAUGGUGGUAUCAUGACGAUUCAGUUUAA